AUGACAGAAAAGGGCGGAUUAAAUAUGUAUGGAGGGAGGGCCAUUGCUAAUGCAACGGUUGGGGGUGUUGCGUGCUGGCCUGCUAGGGCAAUCAGCGACCUUCAAAAGAACACAGGGGCAGACGAGCUUGCAAGCCCACGGAUGCCAGACGCGCUGCUGGGGCGACUUGAAGACGAGCUCGCGGUGGGAGCCGACGAAGAUGAAGGGGCCUGCCGCGCGCGGCGUGGCUGUAAUGCGGGCGCGCAGGCAAACUUCGCAGCAUCAGCUUCGCUCGGCGCUACGGCGACCCAACAACACGUGAUUGAUCAGGCUCUGGUUAUCCGCCCGGCAUCCAUGAGUUCUGAGUUGCUCUAUGCUCCGAGUUUCCGCACAGUUUUACACGAGAGCUCCCGCGAGAGUCGCCCCGCUACUAAUGAGUUGUCCGACACGCCUGAGCUAGAUGUAUUGGGUACAGCGUGGGGGCCUUUGGCGAACCCGAUACGGCUUGACAAAUGCUCCUCACGCGUGACGCGUGCCCCAGGGUUGAGAAGUCGAGGAAUUGUAAGAAAACGGACGUUAGAGGGCGGAAGCACUCAAUCACCCAAUUUCUGGCGAUAUAUCGGUAUCGGUGGAGACGCUUCAACCUGA